UUGAAUUAUUUAUUACAUUCUAAGUACCGGCAGGACGCGUCCUUCGUUUACGGUAACUUUACGCGAGGAACAGUGUUAAAUGUAAAAUAAAUUUCAUCCUAUAAUUACGUUCGCCAAGGUGUUAAUAAAGCGAUUAAAUGGUAGAAAAUUACCUCCGACAUUUUAUCGCUGUGUUUCAAGGAUCCUAAGGUAAUGCUGCAAGUACUGUGAAGUGCCACAAUUAGCAGCGUCUUCGUUAAAGAAAUUUAAGGAAAUUUGGAAAGUCGUUGAAAAGAAUUCUAGGAGCGCGUGAAUUUAUCUAUAUGUUAGGUCCGCUUGUGCGUCGACUCCAUUUCAAGCGAAAUCCCGUUCAACUUGAGAUCAAAAUGAAUUUAGAAUUUACCGCAAAAAUCGAGGAAAUCCUUUCGUGGCAUUUAUUUGAGGAAAAACGUACUUUUUGAAUUAAAGUAUUGAAUUUGUUUAAUAUCGAAUGUAAUUCUCGGUCAUGGAAAUUUCAUGUUUUUUAAAAUAAUUUUUUUUCACGAUAAAAAAAAGUAAUAUCCUUUAAUGCAUCUUGCAUGUCCAAUUUUUCGCGUAUUUUGAUAUUUUUAAUGAAUAUAUCACGGGAAAGGUAUAAAAACCUUUGAAACCAGGAAUCUGAAAUUGACGAAUAAAGAUACGAAAGAAUUAUAUUCCGAAAAUUAGCUGUCUUUCAAUACUUUCCCAAAGCAUUUCACGAACAAAUCGCUUCAACAAGUAUCUUAUUCCAGGAAAUGCCCUGCUCUACUUUUACUUUUAUCGCAUAUCUUUUCGCCGUACAAUUUUGGUGCCAACUACGCAACGGCCAGGCACCUCGAAUGUAUUCUUUUCUAGGGGUCGAACUAAAUGUGGCGAUAGUUCAGUUCGAUAAAAGCGCUUCCGAGAACUUCCGAAGGUGCACCGCGAAAUACGUCGUUGGGAAUUCCUUCCAAGCGCUCGAUUACCGAUCUGAAAAAUCCGCGGCGGAAUAGCGUUAAAGGCAGCGAAAAAAAAAGGAAAGGAUAUGGUCGCCAGGAGAUUACUACUCGCUCGAUUGUGCCGAGCGCGUACAUCCUCCUCUCCCUCCGCUCUCUCUCUCUUUUCUCUCCCUUUCCUUUUUAAUAAAUGAUCUUUCUCUCCACGACCGCGCCGACCUCGGAGAUGGGAAUCGCGUUGUCAUCGGGCUUAUCGCGAUUAUCGCGGCGUAUCGGCGCACGCAUGCACCUCGUACGCAGCAUCGCGGUACGCGCGCGUUGCAAGAAAAGGGAGGGCAACGUUGAUGAAAGGAGAAUAGCGGCAUCGCCGAUUCUAUUCGCGCGAUGAACGCGCGGAUACAAGGUUAGAGAAGAUAGCAUCGUCGGAUUAAUUAUGCGUAAUGCAUGGGACGUACGCGAGGAUGCGUUUGUGCCGUUGCACCGGCGAAAGGGAAGAGGCGGGGACAGCCGGCGCAUUCAAUUAUCGUCGUUACACCGGGAGUUUACAGAUGUUUCGGCGAUAAUCGCGUUGCUAUGCGGCUUCCACGUUCGUCGUAUUAAGUGUUGAAUGCCGGCGGCAUCAAGAAGGAACGAGGCGAGCGGGAAGGAGACACCGGGAAGGGGGGGGGCUUAAUUAGACUCGCUGGAAAAAUUAACGCGGUCCGCUCGAAACGAACUGGCAGCACUCCAGAUAUCCCGCGUCUCGCUGUUCCUCCGUGGCCGCGGAAGUGCACCGCUGCAAUCCGGCCGAUGCGAUGCAAUCUGCGGAGUGGUCCGCCGUGAUGCACGCGGCGGUUGCGGCUCGAUGAACCGCCUUUCUCGGUCAUAAUCGAGACGAUUACUCGUUAACCCGCGUUGUAACUUAAUCCCGCAGAUUUUAUUUCGAGAGACCUUGGCAGGAUUUUUUAACGGGACCUCGCGUGACAUCUGAGAUCUGUAUCGAUGAGUUGCUAAAUUUUGUUUUCCACGCGUUCAAUUAUGAAAUGCCGCUCGAGAAAGUAUUUAUGCACUCUGGGAACAAGAUACCACCGGGAAGAGAGGGCAAUUAACGAUAAUACUAGUAACAAGUAUUAGUAUUAACUAGCAAAUUGAGAACAAUUCUUUCAAACAUUCAGUGGCAAAAUAUUUCACGUCUAUUAAUUCCGUGAUACUUUUGGAAAAAUUGGGAUAUUUAUAUAGGUCUUGUUUUUCAGUGAACACAGGAAUCUAAUAGCGAAUUCGGUUGCUUGCACUAGUGCAAACAAUCGAAUUCCCUAUUAAAUUGUCAGUUGCACAUCUUGCGGACGCAAUAUACAAAAUAUCUGAAGGACACUUUUCCCAACUGUUAAAAAUUUUCUAAAAUAUUUCUCAAAUAAGAUCGACACAUGUAUCACAUGUACAAAUGUGCCAUGUUUCACCUGUUCUUCCGCUAAUUCCUUUUUUUCUUACUAUAUACGAAUGUAUUGUAGUCAAGAUUUAACAUUUGCGAUGCCCGCGAAAAUGCACAAUUCCACGCGUAAUCCACACAAGUCACCUGCCACCCCCUUCGGUGGUGACCCGGCGCGAUACUCGUUCUUUUUCCUCGCGUGUUCCUUUUUUUGUCGACAAGCUGAUAGGUCGACGGGGCGCACGCGCGACGCCGCAGGAAAAAUCGAGCGAGCAUCGCCGGUAAACACUAUAAAUCAGCUUAAUCCGCGCGUCGAGCGAAGGGGUUGGGGUGUGCGUGCAUCUGCGUAUGGGUGUGCGCGCGUUUGCGUGAAUGUAGGUUAACGAAGGCGAAAAAGGAAAACAAUUUUGGUGUCAGCGUUUCGAAAUUUGCAAACCGCGCGAACACGACGCGAACACGACGCGAAUCCAUCGAAUAAAAACCAGCGUGCGUUGCAGCCGGUGAAAUAAGACGAAUUAAAGCGGGCGAUCCCAUACCCACAGAGAAGACUUCCGGCUCCAAUGCUAUUGCACUUUGAUCUGUCGUAAAAUGGGAUCGACAAAGCGACGAUCAUAUUUUUUAUUGAGAAAGGAAUAUUUUAGUCUGAAAUAGGAAAUUCUGAAAUCUACAAUAAAAUGAUAUUGACGCGUGCGUUAUCGAGAGAAGAUUUAUUCUACACGCUAAAGAUUAUAUAAGCUUAAAUUUAUGUUACCGUUAUCUCUCAAUACUAAGUCAAUCUUAUUUAAUUGGAGAGAAUAUAAUUAUUAUUGAUUUUUAAUCUUAAUAUUUUUUUUAUUUCAACUGCACGAGACUGCGACAAGUUUAAACGUGAAACAAGAAUAUUUUGCCGUCAAAAAUGCUUCCCGAGUGAAUGUGAUAAUUUAAGAAAGAGCAGUUGAACUUUUAAUCUUCAUUAAGAAAAAAAUAAAACAAUUAUUUGCAUCGUUAAGAAAUAUCUAUUCCAUACACACGUGCAAGUUUUACCUACAACUCCACCAAAUGCUGUGAUAUCCCUAUUCAACAUAUCUGUCUACAUUUUAAUCUACUUUACGAUGUGCACUGCACGUAUCCCGGCGUGAAUCUGGUCGCGAACAUCGCGGUUUCCACGUAAUCGCGACCGUAAGUCUCCGUGCGCUAAAAAAAAGAAAAGGAAAAGAAAAGGGGCGUAAGAGUGGUCGCCCGGUAAAGCGUGCGAUUUACGUAAACCCAAUAACGCGGCGGCGUCCGAUCUCGGCAUACCGAAUGCACGCGUUCUCGGAAAUCGCGAUGCGCUCCUCCGGGAUGAGCGCACGCGGGUACGCGCGAAAUACAAAAGACAGCCGUCGGGUAGCGCGAGAGCACGCCCCAGUGCGCACCGGCGCUGAUCGUUUCUUCCUCUGCUUUCAGGCGUAGUCGGAGCUCGGAACCUCACGAUGGAGUGCCGCAAGGGUCGACGGAAAGGAGGAGCUCCGAUCCUCGGCAGUCUGCUACUUGCGUGGCUCUUAACCAACGGCUGCGCCGUCGUCGCGCGAAAUAUAGGUAAGAAGCCGUCGCUGCCAUUCUCAUAUCGAGACAAAUUCAAAAUAGAGAGGUACGACACCGCAUACGCCUGCGAGGGCAAGACGCUGGAGAUCGAAUGCGGCGAGGGCAAGCUGAUCCACCUGAUACGGGCGAACUACGGCAGGUUCUCCAUCACGAUAUGCAACGAGCACGGGAACACCGAGUGGAGCGUCAACUGCAUGUCGCCCAAGUCGUUCCGCGUGCUGAACAACGAGUGCAACGACCAGCAGAACUGCAGCAUCGUUGCGUCCACGCUGCAAUUCGGCGAUCCUUGCCCAAACACACACAAAUAUCUCGAAGCGCACUAUCGGUGCGUGUCCGCGGCCACCACCACGACAACGUCCCGGCCAAGUCCGCCGUGGUUCAUAACUUCACAGCCGAGUGUUUGGAGCACCGCUAAGCCGACUGUCAGGCCUCCCUCGAGGAUUACGACACCGGCACAACAACCACCCCAACAACCACCGGCGGUGUCGACCCCGACGAUGCCGAUAACGACGCCGGCGAGUUCCACGUCAACAAGGUCCUCCGCCGACAUCGAAGCCGAUGAGGAGGAUCAGGACUUAAUACUUCCUGCGAAUGGUUCUCCGGCGAAUGGCCCGGCGGUGCCGCCGAUUAUGUUCGAGACCACUCAAGCCACGACAACGUCCACCUUCGCUCCCUGGAGAACCAGCCGAAGGACCACCGUACCCAGCACGCUGUACCCGGAGUCCAGUUCGAACGGCCAGUGGUACGACUACGGCAGGCAAGUGUGUCCGCCGGUGGUAGCUAGGAACCUGUCCUGGAACACGACCCGGGCCGGCGAAGUGGCCGUGCAGAGCUGCCCUGGCGGCGCCAACGGCCUGGCCAGAUGGCGAUGCCUGCCCCGCGGAGAGUCCGCCUUCUGGCACCGCGACAGUCCGGACUUGAGCGAGUGCCGGUCCGUCUGGCUGACCACCCUGGAGAACCGCGUCACGGACGGCGACGUGAUUCUCGGCAUCAGCAGGGAACUCUCGCAGGUGACGAACAACAGCCGCGGCCUGUACGGCGGCGACAUGAUGAUCACCACGAAGAUCAUCAAGAACAUGGCCGAGAAGAUGGCCCUGGACAUCAAGACCUACCAAGACCCGAGUCAGAGGGAGGUCAGCGUCACGGAGCUGCUCCAGGGCGUGGUGAGGACCGGCAGCAACCUGCUCGACAGGGCGCAAAUGGCGUCCUGGAAGGAUCUCAGUCAUCAGGAGCAGAUGAGGGUCGCGACGUCGCUGCUGAUCGGCCUUGAGGAGAACGCGUUCCUGCUGGCCGACACGCUUAUGCACGAGAAGACCAUUAUGCACGAGGGCAAAAACAUAUUGAUGGAAGUUCGCGUACUGGACGCGCGCAACAUCGACAACGAGCUGGAAGUUUUCCCGAGCGAGGCCGCCCAGCAAAGGUGGACCGUCUCGAACGAUCGCGUGGAACUUACCAGGGGCGCUUUGCUGGACAACAGCGAGGCCGGGAUCGUCCGGCUGGUCUUCAUGGCCUUUGACAGACUCGAGGAGAUACUACAGCCGCAAGCGGAGCCGCCGUCCGUUGUCAUGAACGACGAUCCCCAGCCUCCGCCGCGGCGAAACACCACCCGUCUUCUCAACAGCAAAGUUAUCUCGGCGUCCUUGGGAAAAGGCCGGCACAUACAGCUCUCGGAGCCCGUUCGGGUGUAUUUCAGGCAUCUGGCGGUCGAGAACGUCACCAACCCCACUUGCGUCUUCUGGGAUUACAUCUUGAGCGCCUGGUCGGACGAGGGAUGCCAGAUACAAAAGACCAACGAAACUCACACCGUGUGCGAAUGCAAUCACCUGACGAACUUCGCCGUGCUGAUGGACGUGCACGCCGUCAGGCUGGACAUCGCCCAUCAGGUCGCCCUGCAGAUCAUCACGUAUAUAGGCUGCAUCAUUUCCGUCGUCUGCCUCGUCCUGGCCAUUCUCACGUUUCAAUUAUUUCGCGGACUGAAGUCGGACAGGACGACGAUCCACAAAAAUCUCUGCGUGUGCCUGCUGAUUGCCGAGGUACUCUUCGUUUGCGGGAUCGGUCAAACUAAUCAGAGGAUCGUCUGCGGCAUCGUGGCCGGCUUACUGCACUUCUUCUUCUUGUGCGCGUUCGCUUGGAUGUUCCUCGAAGGGUUCCAGUUAUACGUUAUGCUGAUCGAGGUAUUCGAAGCGGAAAAAUCGCGGCUUCGGUGGUACUAUCUGGUCGCGUAUGGCGCACCGCUGCUGGUCGUGGCAAUUUCGUGCAUAAUCGAUCCACUCAGCUACGGUACCGAUCGGUACUGCUGGCUACGCGCGGAUAAUUAUUUCAUCUUCAGCUUCGUCGGACCUGUGAUACUCGUUAUACUGGCAAAUCUGGUAUUUCUAUCGAUGGCGAUCUACAUGAUGUGCCGGCACGCAAACACCACGGUGGCCAUGAAGAGCAAGGAGCAUUCUCGACUGGCUAGCGCAAGUGGAAAGGAAGAGAAUGCUCUUCCCAACAAAUUGCAAGCGCACUUGGCCUGGCUGCGAGGCGCUAUCGUGCUGGUGUUUCUACUAGGUCUGACCUGGACGUUCGGGCUUCUCUACUUAAACCAAGAAUCCGUCGUGAUGGCGUACAUCUUCACCGUAUUGAAUAGUCUCCAGGGGCUGUUUAUCUUUGUGUUCCAUUGCGUACAGAACGAGAAGGUGAGGAAGGAGUACCGGAAGUUCGUGCGCCGUCACUCCUGGCUGCCGAAGUGCCUGAGGUGCUCGAAGACGGUGACGGGCGGCUCGGCCGGCUCCACCGGCGGCAGCGGCGGCACCGCCGGCGCCAACGGCGGCAAGGACUUCGCCUCGCACAACACCUCGUCGAAUCCCUCGGCCCCUACCACCGACAGCUCCGGGCUGUCGCCUCACGCAGCCACCAAUUAUUUGGUAUCCGGUCGAAGCUGGGCGAUAGUCGAUAGGCAGCCGGCAGUAACGGUGCCGGGUGAACCCGCCUCGACCGAGGCUCACAUCGUGGCCACCUUGCCGUACGCACGUCACGCCUUCUUACCCUCAGCUCCCAAUAUCCCCAAAUCUGCCACUGCCACUUGGGGCCACCUUAACAAAAACCUCAUGUGGAAGAACAUUUCUUUUAAGUCCUACUCCCGCGACUCCGGACACGGCGGCUCCGAGCAGGAGGACUCCCCGAGGACGCACAACACCCUGACGCUCGGCCACUCCGGCAGGAGACGCGGGCCGAACGAGACCGGCGAGAUGAACGCUGGUACCAGGACGAUCGGCGGUAGACGCGCCGCGAUGCCGUACAAUCACACGUAUACCGAGAUCGUGGACGGCCGCGGCAACGGCGGCGUCGCCGGGCAUCAUCAGCUGCACGGCCACCACGGACAACACGUGCAUCUGCCACGUGGUCUCACCAGCGAGGACGAUCCGGUGUACGAGGAGAUCGAGCGCGGCGUCGGCGUCGGCGGCGGCGUCGGCGUCGGCGUCGGCGGUGUAGGCGGCGGCGUCGGCGUCGGCGGCGGAAACGGUGGUGGCAACGGCGGCCUCGGCGGUAUCGUCGGCGCCGGCGAGAUCCAGGUGUCGGACAUGUCCGACGAGGACGGCCGUCGACAGAGCGACAUGAGCAGGCAGUCCUCCAGGAGCUACGGCGACCACAGGCCGCUGAUCCCGUACUCGCCCGCCGCCGAUCGCAACCUGGUGCACUACGGCCAGGCGAUGACGGAGCGCGGCGGCGGCGGAGGAGGCGGCGUCGGUAGUAAUCUCACGCACUACGACUCGACGGAGUACGGGCCGGCGGUGGAGCGGACCCUGAACGCCUGUUGGGAGAAGCUGCGCCGGCAGCAGGCCAGGUACGAGCUCGGGGAUCUGCCGCGGCUGCCGGCGGCGUACGGCAUGCCGCCGCAGCAAGACCACACGCGGACGGUGGCCGUGCUGGACGGGCACACCGUCGUCUGCCACCUGCAGCCGCAGACGGACAUGUACACGGGUCGCGGUAUGCCGCCGCCGUCCUACAGCGAGUGUUAGGUCCCGACGACGACCCGGGCCGGGGAGCCCUCCUCGUCUCCUCGCGCAGGAACGACGGACUCUCCUGGGGGACCUAGGUAUCGUCGACCUCCCGGCGCGGCGUGUACCGUCUGGACGGUCCGUUUCGUCCCGGGGCCACGUGGUUGGUGAUGGGGGUGACGGUGGUGACGGUAUCGAGAUGAAUUCGUUCCUCAAGAGGAUGAACCAACGUGUCGGCGACUCCCACCCGGGCGCACGAGGGGGACACGCGGGAGACGAACGUGCCGCUUCUUAGCUCAAGCGUAAGCGCGACGGUGUCCUGAUGCCGGACCUCGUCGCGUUUUAGCCAUAAUCGACGUAUCGCGAGCGUUCUAGGGAACGCCGACCCUGUCUCCGUUCAGGUGGAGUUCGGUGGGACGUCUCCUCGCGGACGAGCGAGACGAAGAAGGAGAACGGGUGAGAGCGCGUGAGAGAAUGGGAGAGAGUGAUGCGAGAGAUCGGCGGGCGUCUAACUAAGGCUGUCACAUCGUCCAACGGACGCCCCCGUUUCUCCCAGUAUACCGUGUAUACAUGUGUGCGUGAGUGCGUACCACCGCGACGCGGACUCUGUAUAACACAAUUGUAGCGGACCUCUCGUUUAGGCUAAGUCGACGAUGAUGGGGUGCCCGUCGUGGCCGGGCGUUCGGAAUUGGCGAACCAAUCGGCGCGAAUGAAGAUCGGAACGUAACGAGUCCUGAUGAAGACGGGGGUUGUUUUUGCCGAAGUCCGAAGCAGUCGCGACUGGAUUGGCUCUCGAGGAGAUUUGUCGUUGGCUCGGUGUUUUUGUAGAUUUCGUACGAGCGUGACGAACCAAAGUUUUAUUAUUUUGAAAGGGAGCUCGUGGAAAUUUUUGCAAAAAGUAUCUAUCAUUCAGCGUAUUAAUAUUUGAUUAUAAACUUGUCGUAGAUACUGCGAAAAGUGGCCGUAACUUUGCCACCCUCGGUGGAGGUGUGAAAAAUUUCGUUGUUUGAAGUUUAAAGUGUCCCGCAAUAUCUUCAUUGCUGCGAUUUUAUCAAAUCGGUCAAUUCUUUUCAUUUAUUUUAAUGGUUAAUUCCAUUCGAUUUUCCAAAUGACCGUAGUGCUCGCAUUUGUUUAGCUUUACAUGUUUCUUUUUAAAGAAAAGAUAUUUUGUUUCUGUUUUCUUUUGCAUGUGUACCGGAGAAAACUGGAAAAACUUGAAAUAUUUAUUUUCCUUUAACUUGCCGGGCCAUUAUUGAUUCCAGUUUUCGUGAAAUUGGCGUGUUCUUAAAAUGUCGUCCGCGUGCUGAUGCGAGAAGUAUACGUUGAUUUCUCGUUGGUAUCGAAUUGGGAAGUGUACGUGCCGCGCGUCGUUCCAGUGGAUAUCGUUUCACCCCCUAUGGCAAUAACGUCCAACAACAGUGUUAUCGAGAUCGAAUCGAAUCCCAUCCUCACGGCGCGGCGGACUUCGGGGGAGGAAAUAUUACGCCGAGCGUCGCCGGUGCUCGGCGCAUCUCCGCGUCAACCCUUCCCGGAGACCCCCACAGGCCGCACGAUUGCGAACGGGCCGGGGAGGGUUGCGGGACACGACACAAACCGCGUAUCGUAAGCCGGCAUUCGGUGCGGUAAGUGGAUUCACCCGACGGCUCGGCCGUCGCACCGCCCGGCGAUAUUAGGUGUCGGUGUUGAUCGUGGCGUUAAACGCGGCUCACUCCGUGGCCGAGUUGUAAACCGCGCGUAAAUCACCGCGUGACGUACGUUAUCGUUUUGCAUCUGGUUAGCGGCGAGCUGCGCUUAACACGGCCGUUUAGCGGCGACGCGACGAUACGAGUCGUCGGUCCACCUCCGGGUCUGCGUACCGCAAGGUAUCUCGAUGGCGCUUUCCGGGCGCGGGUGAUCGGUGCGGAGCCGAAAUCUGGAGAGGCGGACGUUGUAACAUAGAUCCUAGACAUAUCGCCGCCGGCCGAAUCGUCAACGAUGCGCCGGUACCGUCGACCAGCCGACGUGCCCGUACAUCUUGAUCCUUGUUCGGAAUCGACGACGACGGCUCGACGAAGGGAUUGGUAUUGCAAAUCUAUGAGAUUGCUGCGGCGAUUGUUAAUUUUGCGCCGGAAGAGGCGAGUUAUUCGGCGCUUCUUAGAAUUCAUUGAUCGAGUAACGACGGUUUCUUUUUUUUUUUUUAUAAAUGCAUGUUUAUGUCACUUUUUCACAUCGUGACGUAAAGUAACACGACUGGAGCAGUUUUCGCCACAGUGUCCGUUGCUUCACUUCACCUUCUGGUAAUUAAUAUUUGAAGAGUUUCGGUUAAAUCGGUUUCAGGUCUACGCGCAGUCUAAAGUAAGAGAUCAAGUAUUUAUUAAAAUUUAAUAAAUUAUUAAAGUAAACGUCAACUUUUGACCUUUCUUCGCUCGGAAGGUUAAUUCGGCGGAAAACCGGCUAUUAGAAAAUCAAUUCCAAUUACAUAUACGAGCGUUCUCGUUUCUUAGAGCAUAGAACACCGGGAUACGUCUCAAUCAAUAUAAACUGCUGCAACGCAAACGUCCGUUCUGGCAUCAUCUUUUUUUUUUAUUUGUCCACCUCGAGGCAGCUACUCGCUUAUAUUCUGCCUGAAGCCGAUUCUACGCGAGGCUCCGCACUGACAUUCGGUGCGUUCCUUCGCGCGAGCCUUCGUCGAGUCGUGUUUCGACGAGCAAAUAAGGAGCGUGUUCUCGGCGCUGAUGGCCGGAAAUUAGAUUUCCUCCCGUGCGGGAAGAACAAAGGAGAAAUCGAGGGGCAAUGGCUGGAGCGCCUUUAUCAGUCGUACGUGGCAGCUCCUCGUCGCGCGCCGCUUUGGAACGUUGCGUUUUAGUCCCAGAACGUUAUUUUUAUAAAUAAAAAGUGAAUAAAUAAAUAUAUAUAUGUAUGUAUAUGUAUGUAUACAGUAACGAUAUAUUAUUAUUGUGUGCGAGAGAGAUAGCGAGCGUGAGAGAAAUGUUAAGAAGGGCCCAGGAAUCGUGAGUGGGCGAGUAAAUAUUAGUGAUACAAGCGGAUUUCCCGAGCGUCGUGGAAAAAUGCGCGAAAACACUUAGUCACUGUUUUUUACUAUUUUUUAAAACAAAACCGUGUAUGUGUACGUGAGAACGCGUGAGCUAAGCUAAUCGUGUAACCAAGGGAUCCCGCGCGCGCGCGCUAUUUAUUUUUAUCAUCCCCGAGUGUUUUGUAUCGCGAGCGGAAAUUGUGUCGAGUGGGAGUUUGUCGUUUCUCCAACCAUCCCUCGUCGUCUUCGGCGACGAAAACCACGAGGACCCUCGUCGGACGGUGUCCGCGAGGAAGAGUGUCGGAAGCGAGUUUCGACGGUCUUCUUAAUGUAGUACAUUGUGGAUGAAAUUACGUUGAGUGGAUUAUAUACGAUAUCUAUAAUUAAAUACUUGUAAAGAUAUUUGAAAUGACAAUUUCCUUGUGCGAGAGAACGUUUGUUCUUCUGUAAAUUUCAACGUUUCAUUUCACUUUGCGUUGAUAACAGUUCGUUCCUAAUGUAAAAUAAAAAUCUAAAAACAAUUCAGGAUUUAAUUCGACGAGGUCAAUUUCGCCCUGGCGCUGGCACAAAAUAGUAAUUUACGAGGAAAUUGUACCGGCAAGUGUGAUAAGUUCAACGUAUCUUUGUCCGCUAUGUCACGACUUCGUGGUUGCUUGAUUUAUUUCUCGCUCAUGAGAAACACGCAUAUAGGAGAAUUGUAAUAGUGAUAAUCGCAUUAGGGGUACCAGCUAUGUUAAGUGUGUAAAUGUGUCCCGAGCAAUUGUGAAAUACAGUUGCUCAUUCCGGCGUUCCGAAGCAUGUGUCCAUCGAUGAUUUUUUUAAGCACCCAAUCCGAGGAAUGUCAGCACGUCGGUAGCCUUUACACAUGUUGUUCCCUAACUACCGUGAAAGUUUAUAAGGCAAGAGCUCUGCGCUUACGUCUCGCAUUAAUUGGUACGAUCAAAUUAUGUAUUACAUACAUUGCAUUUUGUCAGAGACGAUUGGUAUUUGUUAUUGGUAACAUUCGUGGACGAGCAGGACAAUAAAUAAUUUAAUCUCUGUGAAAAAUAAAAGUUAAAUGAGCUUUUAAAGAUUAACAUAAAUUAAAUUAAAUGAAAAAAACCGUGAAAAUUAUUAUUUAAGUUAUUAUUACUAUUGUCAGUAACUCAGUGAACAAGAUUUCUAGAGUUAUAAAAAUAUUUUUUUUAAAUAAAAUCCUUGCGAAAAACCUCGUGAAAUGUGUAAACAUUAUUAUUCAGUGGUGUCUGUACAAAAGAAUUUUGUAAGAUUUUUUUGCGCCUAUCAUUCGUGUAUCAGGAUAGCCUCUGAGAACGUUACACAGUAUAAAUGUUAUAAAAUCCUUUACUGCAAUCAAGACUGCCGACAUUCCUUUACGAACUCGAAUUCGAUUCAACGCCGCAUUCACUUAUCAGAUCUAUCAUCUUUUAAAGUCGCGAUUACAAUGCAGCGAUCACGGGAGCUGCUUAGAGUUUAAGUUUCGCCAUGACUGAUUUACCAGAGAGCAAUUGACCCGAAACAGGUAGCUUGUGUAUAAUUUUCUACAACCCGGGAGAAUUACGAGCCUCUGCCGCAUAAUUGCCAGGCAAUUGUUGAAUGCACCCACAUUCCAUCCGUUCGACGUUCGUGCGAAGCCUAGGAAGGGGAGAAGGGCCGUCGCGGGCCCGAAGGUCGAUCGCAGUGUGUCAGACGAGACAAUAGUCCACAUUCUCGACGUAUCUUCAACGCGAAGACGCGUCCCGCGCGAGGAAAAUCAAACUUGUCUGCAAACUUAGCCGCUGUAAACUCACGGCAGGCGCGGAUUCGCGGGGGCAUGCGACGAGAAUACGCGGCGGCAGGACGCGUCCUAGUUCGAGAUGUCCCGACCGAGGUUCCCAUCGCGUGCACGAACACGGACACCGCGCGUCUGUAUGUAUGUGUGUGUGUGUGUGUGUGUGUGGGCCACGUUAUCAAUGUGUGUCGCGAAGGACUCCGAGUGCGAAGAGAGCUGUGUGUACAUAAAUGUAAAUAGGGCUUUGUACAUGUGGGAAUACUUGUAAUGUAAAGUGGAGCGCGAGCGCGAGAGACCGGGCGGGCCGAGAGCGAGGAUGCGAGAGAUCCUGAGACGAUGACCGAUAGGCGCGGAGCGAAAGAGAGAGCAUACCUAGGAUAAGUUUACUAGUAAGUAGCGAAGCUAUUACGAGCUAUUAUGUAUUAUCGGUGACGCGGCGCGGAGGACGCGCAUGGCGGAUCUUAACUUAAGUCCCAACGCGUAUUAGUUAAUGUGUAAAUAAACUAAGCGAAGGAAGUAAAAUAUUAAAGAGCCCAAGUAAUCGUUGGAUAUUUAUAACAGAACUCAACUAAAGUAGGCCGACGACGGAGAGGUAAACGAGACGGUUGGGAUCGAAACUCGCAAAGUCCACAUCUUGGGACGCGAAAUUCCACUUGAGAGUGAUCCUCCUUUCGCAUUUCGCUAGAAUUUACCAUAUUUAUUUCAAAUAUAAAGUUAUAUUUAAAACCAUCUUUUUUUCCCCCUCCCUCUCGGAAGAAGAAGAGGAUCCGCGAGGGAUCGGACGUUUUUGAAAUUAUAUCUGAAGCCUCGCUCUCUCUUGUGACUCGCUUUAAACGUAGAAUUAUAUUCGAUACGGCGGAUCCUACGGGAGAUAUGAUUUUAUGUUUGAAAAUGAGUUCGGAGAGCGGAUCUUGGAUUUUACGGAUUACGAUCUGGGGUGUCUCGAGUGAAAGCAAGAAAAAGAAAAACCGAAAAAGGAAGAAAAGACAAAACGUAGUCGAGCACACUCGUCCACAUGUGUAUCGCUGCGCGAGAAAGGAUCAAAGGAUAAGGGGAGGACGCGCGUGUGCGGCGUUAAUCGAACACGGACAGACGAUGUACAGUGCAUGUUUUAUCCUUAGCCGUUUUAUAAAUGUAAAUAUCUUCCGCUCCCCCUUUCCUUCCCGCCCCGGAGACCACUCUCUUUUCACCUCUUCUUCUUAUCCCCCUCCCCCCGACCCGAUUUUUCCACGGUAAGAGUAAAAGGCGAAAAAGAUUAAUUAAUCGUUUCAAUCGAGAUGUUUCUUCUUUCGUCGUAAUGAUCCUUUAUGAUCCGCCCCGCAUCUCCCGAUCCUUUAUUUAGGACCCCUUCCCUUUUCUCCGUAAGCCUCCUAACUUUGUCCUGUGAGAUACUUAGCGGAUAAGCUUUCGUUUCGAAAGUGAAAGAGAUGAAGUGCGUCGGGCAAAGCUUAAAAAUCAUCCUCUGUCGACUUAUCGCCGCCUCCCAGGACCGAUUCGAUGCAUUUUGAAGCCUCUUACGAAGUAACACUUGCGUCCCGCGUACAGUAUAUACACUAAAAUUUUUGCAAUAAAUGAGUGGAAUUCAUCCGCGCAUGAAUUACUUUAUACCAGUUUUAUACAGUUCUUUUCUUUUUUCAACACAAUCGCGGUCGCAUGGGGCAUCAAAGUGACGGUCUCUGCAGCAAGCGCGAUGAUUGUGGUAGCGUUAAUUAAUUCUUAGCCUACUAUUGAUAUCUCCAAGCCCCAGAAACAGUGUAACAGUAACAAGAUGUUGACUAUACCGAUCUGGUAUAGUUAAUGCUAGAGCGAGUCGCGUACUAUAGUAUUAUAUUAUGCUAUACGACUAUACUGUAUUUAGUAUAGUUAAUAAUGAUAGCCAUAUUAUAUUUCCUCUGCGACCGAUAUGACUAUUUAAAGUUGCUGGUACUUAGAGAUGCGUCAAUAGAGGGAAAAGGCUUAAUCCGCUUCCGGCCAUCUCCUUCUCCCAAACCGUCGAACCGAAAGCCGCGGGAGUCGCGGAUUUUAGGGUCCACGCGAUCGCAUAUAAUCCAUACAAUUCUGUGAUUUUACCUUUUACGUUUUUCCUUCGUGAUGUAAACGAUACUUGACGCUAGAACGCUAACCAUCGGUACACUCUGAUGCCAAUGCCUUGCUUGUCUAUUGACAUACUCCUCUUAAUUAAUGUAAAUAGAAUUUAUAUCACUGACGAUAUUUUGAUUUUGUUUUUUAAUUGCGUUUUGUGAUAUAAAAUAAAUUGAAGCUUUUUUCAACACUUUGUGGCAUCGCGAUUAGUACUUUUCAUCUAGAAGAAUUCUAUCUCUAACACUCCAGCGUUAGCAAUGAAUUUUUUUUAAAGCUUUAGCAGGUUGGUUUUUUAUAUUCUCUUUUGCUUUCAAAGUGUUCGAGAUCAUGUGUCGCAAAGUGUUAAUACGAACUGCUAAUUACGUUAGCGUUCUAGGGUUUAAGCACGCGCAUACUUAACUACAGUACACGCAUGAGUUUUCUGUACUACGUCGCCUGCCUGCGCACGCUAAAAAAGAAAGUUUAACGAAGCAGAGGAGGAAGGGUAAAGGUAGAGGACGAAGAAGAAUGUAAAGCCUAGGUAUCUCCGAACUAAUAAGAGCCUCCGUUUCCUGAUUUUUGUAUGCUUCUUUAAAACUGUCUGAUUCAAGGAAAAACAAAGGAUAAAUAAAUGUGUACCAAUCUCUGAAUAAAA